UGACAACUCGUCACCACGUAGCUCCCCUUUGGAAGUGCUUGAAAAACCAUCGGGUUUUCUGCGUGCGAGGAUUUUGUUGUUUGUCGUCUUCUCCCUCUCCAACGUACUGCCAGUGAAGGGGGCCCACCGAGGUCGAGUGAACGAGCAAGCAGCAGAAAAAGUCGCCCCCAAAGCAAGCGAUCCCAACCAGAAGAGCCUUUCAUUUCUCAGCACUCGGACGGGGUUGGUCGUCGUCGUUUUCGUCGGUCGACAGGAUUCGCAAAACCGCGAGCAGGCAGCAAAUUUGGGACAGCAACAUAAUAAACCAGAUUCCCCGCAAGGUCCCCGGCGACCCAGUGAUAAUAGUGAAGGCAGCCCGAGCCGGUCUCAAGUGCGAUACGUGGAAGUGCUGUCUGUCUGUCGGGUCGGGAUUAUUAUUAGUGUUGUUUUUGUGAUUCGUACGGGAAGGAUUGCAGAGGAGUUGCAGUAACAAUGGCCAUCAAACCGGGAAUGGGACGAAAGUCUUCCAACAAGAACCCACCCUUUCUGAGCCACGAAUUCGUGAUCCAGAACCAUGCCGAUAUUGUGUCCUGCGUUGCGAUGGUCUUCGUCGUCGGACUGAUGCUGCAGGCAACUAACGCACUGGCCAGCAUCUUCAUUGCCCUGCACCACAACGUAACCGGAGCCGAUCCGAGCCAUGAGAACCCCCAGGGCGAGCCCUACUCGUACACCUCGGGCUGGAAGGACGGCUGUGCCGUUUUCUUCUACACCCUGAUCUGCAUCAUCAUGCACGCCAUCCUGCAGGAGUACGCUCUGGACAAGAUCUCCAAGAAGCUGCACCUGUCCAAGUUCAAGCUGUCCCGGUUCAACGAGUCCGGCCAGUUGGUGGUGUUCUAUGCCAUGUCGUUCCUGUGGGGCUUCGACGUGAUCGUCCGGGAACAGUACUUUGGCAACAUGGCCAAACUGUGGGAAGGAUUCCCCGAGCAUCCGAUGGUGUUCCUGCACAAGUUGUUCUUCAUCAUCCAGUUGGCGUACUAUCUGCACAUGCUGCCCGAGCUGUACUUCCAGAAGGUCAAGAAAGACGAACAGAAGGCCAAGAUCCAGCACGCCCUGGGAGGAUUCUUCCUGAUUGCCACGGCCUACUUCAUGGGAUUCCAGCGCAUCGCUCUGGUCCUGUUGACGCUGCACUACUUCUGCGAGUUUAUCGCCCAUGCAUUCCAGCUGGUCAACAUUUUUGAUAAGGAGGAGAAAUUCACCCGACUGCGUCUGGUCCACAACGUGGUGUUCAUCUUGACCCGCUUCGCCACCAUGGUGCUGGCCUUCCUGACCCUUUUCUACGGUAUUGAAAACGUGUCGCAAAUUAAGCGCAGCUUCAUGCUGUCCACCGUCUUCGGGCUGCAGGGCUACUUGAUCUUCGACUUUAUCUCCAACGUGCUGCGAUCGAAGCGCGAAAGCUCCAACGAACAGCAGUCGGAGCGCCUGCACAAGCCCGCCGCCCCAGUCAAGAGCGAAAAGACCAAGAAGGAACGCAAGAAGGAGAGCGAUCUGCCCGAAGCUGAUCAGAAUGCCGCCCAGGCCUCGCCAGUGCCAGCCGCCGGAGCCGGGAAGACCUCCAAGAAGGUCAAAGCUAAAUAAGUGAGUCCUUACAACAUUCGUCGUUCAUUUCCAUUUUCCGAUUUUCCGUUUUUUCGCUCUCAACAACAAAAAAAUACAUAUUAAACAAAGUUAACUAUCCGUCAAACUAUGAAAAACGCCACAACGCAUAGUAGGCCUUUUUAGAAUUUUUUAAAAGGAUUAUCUGCUCAAGUCGAUUCACACAGCAACCCACUAUUUUACUCAAUAAUCAGAUCAGAACGCCAUCUGUUCUGUUCUGUUACGCGGGUACCAGUUGAGUUAGUUAUUUUAAAUAUGUAAAAGAAAUAAGUUUGUGCUUAUCGAUUAUGAACACCACAUUGUCCAAUUGUCCUUAUCAGUAUGAUCUAACGGCAUGCGAAGCAGAAAGUUUUUAUAUGCAUUUACAACAAGUUGUUCUACUUAGAUCGAUGGCAUGCAUCAAAAUAAAGGGUCGUAUGGCGAACUGCGUCGUACAAGAACAGCAAUAGAAACCAGUAGGAAUUAGUGCGCUUGUUAAAAAUCGGAAUGGCGCAAAACGGUGAGAAAGACGCGAGGUUAAAAUAUUGCUAUUACAUAUUAUUUUUUACACAGAGUCUUUAUGAUAGGUUUAUUUUCUUUUUCCUUUACGAUUUACACGCAAAUUGGGUUCGAAAAACAGAUUCGGAGUAUACACUUUAUUUUUUGUAUGUUCUAAUGCAAUAACUGAAUAAAAAGCUGACACAAAUUCUA